AUGCCGCCGCCACCGACACUUGCGAUCGCGAGGCCACCGUCGACACUGCGCAGCGUCGUUGAUCUUGAAGACACGAUUGAGUGUCUCCAAGAGACGCUGCGCGGUCGACCUGCGUGCCUCCACUUGGCGUUCCUCGCGAAAAUCAUGGUGCUCUGGCUACAUGCACCCGACAAGUUUCUCUUAUACGUUUGCCCGGCCAAAGUCAAGGUGCUCAAGUCGCUGCAGGAGGUCGUCGCCAAGAUGACGGAGGACGUCGAUUCCGACGAACCCUGCACACUGCGUCUCCUCGUAUCGACAAACAACCAAACCAACGCGUCGCCACGCAAGGAAACGCCAACAGCCGAGAUACUGCUGCCAGACGCGAGCCCCGUCCCUCUCGAAUUGCCACGUCUGGCGACAUUUUACCCGACGCAUGACGAGCCGUCCGUCCUCGCCCUUCGCCAAGUUGAGCUGCAGUCCAUCCUCGCACGGGCAACGAGCGUCGCUAUCUCGGAGUCAUAGUCCACCUUCGGCAGAGGCGCUUGGAACAAGCGUCAGCAAGGAUCGAGAGAGCGUCGGAAAACCCUUGCUUUCUGCAUUGGCUUCGCCCAAGGCACCAGCCACACCACCGAGCUUAAUGUCGCGCGCUUCGCCCAACCAAGAUUGCACCACCGUCAGUAUCACCGAC